AUGAGUCUCAUCACAUGGUCCAUAUGCCCGGAGAAAGUGAGCGAUCAUCGCAGUCUCUGCGCUCUCUAAACUCAAUCAGAGUAGGCGGUAGUGCGCGCGCUCCCCAGCAGAUGAACUGAGAGCAAAAGACCAGCCAUGAUGCUCAGCCUGCAGCGGUGUGCGCCGGAGGAGGAGAGCUGAGGAGCCGCGAUCAUGCCGGAGAAGAGCGCACAGUAGAAGUCUUCUCACUGAGGCUGGCAGGGAUGCUGCGCGCCGCAUCACUCUCUCUGGCUCUGUGAAACGCACGGUGCCCUGGACGAGCCGUACGGCAGGACCUGUGUGUAUGUGUGUGUCUGCUGCUCAGUGGAAUGUUUUCAAAUCUCCCAAAGGUGCUGAUAUUGGGGGCCAUCGCCGCCGCCUCUGCCUUUGUGGUCACCAUCCUUAUCGUCUUGGUGUGUGUGGGGUGUCAGAGAAAAAGCAAAAGCAAACAUGGCCACGCCAACGGAGGGGCUCAGAAAAAGGAAACAGCUGCUCUGCGCCAGUCCAAGCUGAACUCAAUGAGUAAAUCUGACACCCGCCUGCAUGACAUGCACAGGAUGCCCUGCAACGCCAAUGGCGCCCCUAAGAGCCGCCCGGCCAGCAUGGACCUUCUGCUCCUGCAUACCCGCCGCUCCAAUUCUGACCUCCGUCCCACCUCAGGUCGCCAACUGCCUCGUGCACCUAGUAAAAAUGACAAUGAGGAGCGUGAGCACACCUACUCUGAAGUUUGCCGCCGCUCCUCUCCCACACCCCACCUGCCAGAUGACGGCCUGUACGAGAGUGUUGGGAUCAAAGGGGCGGGGUCUGACAAACCUGCCCCACCUGCUGCCCCUGCCCCGACGUCAACCAACACGCCUACUCAGCGUCGUGCCCACAGCCCGACGCUCAAUGGGAACGGCCGAGGUGGAAGCAGAGGAGGCGUGAACGGCGUGAGUCAAGAUGCAGUGACGGCAGAGUACGCCUCCAUACGGAAGGUGAAGAAGCUGGAGCGCAGCAGGAGGGAGGAAGUGGUGGAGGAUGGAGAUAGGGAGCACCAGAGCGUGUCCAGCAGCGAGUCCUCCAGCAGCACCUUGCCAAGGAAAACAGUGGAACCAUUUCACCUACCCAAUUUCCCAAAGGAGGCAGUCUUCAUGGGCAACGGAGAGCAGUACAUUUGGAAACCACCAGAAGAGGAUGAGAUGAUCAUGCAAGGGGUUCCUCAGCUGGAAAACGGACACAGCCAUCCCACCGCCGUGGAGAUCUCUGACAUGUACUCUACUGUUUGUAAGACCCUGAAGAGGAGACACCAGCAGGGUCAAAGCCAGGAGGAUAGCAGGCCGACGGCCUCUGCUGCGUCCCAAGAGGCGGAUCGGGGCGGCGCUGGCUGGCCCGCUGCCGGGGCUUCAGGGGAGGAACAAUGGGGGAGAAGCAGCACCCAGGAGGAGCCCUGCUACGAACCUGUGGGCGAGAAGACGUGGCCCCGGGGCCUGGCGCAAGAGUCAGACCCGGCCUACGCCACCAUCGAUUCCCACCGGAAGCGAGAGAAGCUGGCCAGCAACACGCUGAAGCCCAAAAAGAAACCCGUACAGGGUCCGGGCAGAGCUAUGACCUGCGAGAACUUUUACGAGACUAUCGGUGAUGUGAAGCAGGGAGCAAACGCAGCGAGCACCACCACUAUCUUUACCUUUAACGACGGCAUGGAAAUGUACGUUACCGGGCUAUAAACGCCUGACUUAAACCGUCGAAUUAAACACCUACAAAGGGGAAAAAAACUAACUUCAGCCCUCUGACAAAUAAAAAGAUACACAGCCUACAGCUGCCAAACACACGCCAACCUACAUAACCACACAACCAAUAUAUAUUUAUUCUUACCAUAGGAGUGCACAAUCAGCUGCAACACUCAUGCAGACAAAACAACACUCAAUUGGCAGAACCAGGCCUGCAGCCCGGCUGUUUUUAGCUGACAGGCAUGCUCACCAAAUCCAGGGAUCUAAACCGGUUUUUCCACCAUGCUACAGUCACUAAUCAUAGUUUACUGCAGGGUUAAAAUCAAUAUGACUUUAAGACUCACUGUAGCACAGGAGAGUUUGCAAAUAAUUAUGUACACUACCAGCCAAAAGUUUAAGAUUUUUAAUGUUUUUGUAACAAGUCUCUCACCAAGACUGAAAUUAUUUGAUCUAAAAUACCAUAAAUACAGUAAAACUGUGUAAUAUUAUUACAUAUUAAAAUAACAGUUUUCUAUUUUAAUAUAUAUUAAAAUGUAAUUUAUUCCUGUGAUGCAAAGCUGAAUUUUCAGCAUCAUUACUCCAGUCUUCAGUGUCACAUGAACCUUCAGAUAUGCUGCUCAGGAGACAUUAUUAUCAAUGUUGAAAACAGCUUUAGGUGCUUAGUACAUUUGUGAAACAUUUUUGUGCUUUUAUGUACUAUUUAAAAAUAAAUUAAAAUAAAAUGCUGUUCAUUGAACUUUCUAUUAUCAAAAAAUUGAGAAAAUUUUAUCACAGUUUUUCACAUAAAUAUUAAGCACCACAACUGUUUUUAACAUGGAUAAUAACAAGAGUCAUUAUAAAUAACUGUGUAGCAAAUCAGCACAUUAGACUGAUUUCUGAAGGAUAAUGUGUCACUGGAGACUGGAGUAAUGAUGCUGAAAAUUCAGCUUUGCAUCACAGAAAUAAAUUACAUUUUACUAUAUAUUCAAACAGAAAACAGUUAUUUUAAUUUGUAAUAAUAUUUCACAGUAUUACUGAUUUCACCGUAUUUGUGAUCAAUAGUACAGCCUUGGUCAGCAUAAUUCCAAACUUUUGACAGGUAGUGUAAAAUCACUAUGUACACACUGUCGGUCAGUCCCACUGCCAUGUGAGCACUACCUGCACAUUAACACAGGGAUCACAUGAGUCGUCAGCUAAACCCCCGUCCCGUCCCCUCCCCUCCCGCUUCGAAAACACACCUGACUGGUUCUCUCAGCUUGAGCCGGCCAGCCACCACCACAGUGUUAGUUUAGCUGAAAUAACAGAAUACAGAGUUAACUUCUCUUGUUUUCCACCUUAAACAUUAUGUAUGCAGUGCGACAGUUUAGGUGGUGUACAUACAGUAUGUCUGGUCAUUUUUCAGUACGCAUGUAACUCGCAGUCAGGGCCAGGUGGAAUCUGCAUUUUUUUCUGCAUCUUGAAGAAGAAUCUGCUGACUUGUAUUUAAUAGAUUUAAUGUUGUUAAAACGGGUAUAAUUAAAGGAGUAGUUCACUUCCAGAACAGAAAUUACAGAUAGCUUACUCACCCCCUUGUCAUCCAGAUGUUCAUGUCUUUCUUUCUUCAGUCAUAAAGAAAUUGUGUUUUUCAAGAAAAACAUUCUGCGAGUUUAAACUUCGAAAAUGCAGUUUAAAUGCAGCUUCAAAGGGCUCUAAAUGAUCCCAGCCGAGGAAGAAGGGUCAUAACUAGCGAAACGAUUGGUUAUUUUCUAAAAAAUUUAGAAUUUAUACACUUUUUAAGCUCAAAUGCUCAUCUUGUCUAGCUUUGUGUGUACUCCGUUUUUUUCCGGUUCAAUACAGUUAGGAACUCCAAUCUCAUUUUCUCCUCCAACUUCAAAAUCGGCCUACAUCACUGUUUUUUUGUAAAGGGCGUUUGAUCUUCUUUGCACGUUCACUUUGUAAACACUGGGUUGAUGUAAGAAGAUGCAAGAAGAUUUUGAAGUUGGAGGAGAAAAUAAGAUGGGAGUUUUUUUGACAUACCCUAACUGCAUUGAACCGGAGUGCACAGAGUCCACAUGUGCAUCGUAGAGCUAGACAGAACGGGCAUUUGGGGUUAAAAAGUAGACCCUUUUCCUCGGCUGGGGUCAUUUAGAGCCAUUUGAAGCUGCAUUUAAACUGCAUUUUGGAUGUUUAAACUCACAGGCACCAUAGAAGCCUAUAUAGAGAAAAUUCCUGAAAUGUUUUCCUCAAAAAACAUAAUUUCUUUACUACUGAAGAAAGAAUGACAUGAACAUCUUGGCUGACAAGGGGGUGAGUACAUUACCUGUAAAUUUUUGUUCUGAUCCUUUAAGUUUCUUAAGCUCACCAAGGAUGCAUUUAUUUAAUCAAAAAUACAGUCAAAACAGCUUUACUGUUUAAAAUUUCAUUUAUUCCUGUUAUAAAAACACAGAAUUUUAAGACACAUUUGUUUAUUAUUAUCAAUGUUUGAUAGGAUUUUUUAAUGAAUAACAGAUUAAAAAAAACAGCAUUUAUUUUAAACAGGAAUCUUUUGUAACAUUAUAUCAGCUGAAUAAAAUAAUAAUAAUAAUAAAAAAAAAAUUUAAUCUGACCCCAAACAUUUGAACAGUGGUGUGGGUAUCUCUCUCUAUUUAAAUAAUAAUUAAAAAAAUGAAUAAACUAUUUUGCAGAGCUUUCUGUGUUUAGCGGGUGCAGAUUCCAUGUGGGCCUGCUUAAAGGUCACUUUAUGGCUGUGUAAGUGCAUUAGCUCUAAAAUUUCUUUUGAUUUUUGAUUAUUUCGUCUAUAGCAUGCCACUUCUGCCCAAUCUUUGGAUGUGUCAGGUAGUUUUAGUGAUAUACCGCUCGUUUCUCACAAGAUUUGACAUUUUUGCAAUACGAACAUAAAGGAAAUGGAAAAAAGCGAAACAGGAUUUUUCGGGAUGCCUCAGCCUAGCUAGUUAACAUGUCAUUGUUAACAUCCGAGUUUAUGAGGCUUGUAGCGUCAGUGUGCUGGAACGUUGCGGUGUGCAUACGGAGGGCAAUAAAGGCUUCUAGUUUGGCCUGGGCCGCUCUCGAUCCACUGUUCUCAGGUCAGUGUGUGCCAGGACCGCUCCCCGGCUCGCUGGGCCUCCGGCUGGCUUAGCCGUCAGCAGCAUUUCAUGGAGACGGUGUCCAAGGAAAACACAGCACAAGGCUUAUGGUUGCUAGUAAAUGUCUUUUGGAAGGACGUCUCAUAUUCUGGGCUGUCUGUGCGACUUGAUCCUAUUGUAAACAAUGCCUUUCCCACAUGCAUUAUGGGAGCUUGGAUUAGGAAUCACAGAAAAUAAUAGCACAAUAACGCAACCUCUGCAGGGGGAAACCAUUCGGGAUGAUCCCCAAAGACUUCCGAAAUGAUACAAAACAACUCCGAUGCAUGGUUGGUGAUUUUACCGUACCAAGUAUACUGCAUAUACAGAUCAUUAAAGUCUGUUGGAGGGCUACAGGAGAGGCCCGGAGGAAAGGGAUUUCGGCAUUUGAGAGGGCCAAAUUAUCAGCUCAGGGAUGGUAGAUAGAGUUCUUUAAGGAGAAAUAACCAAUAUACUGUCCUCAUCCAUGUCACAUGCAACCUCUGGUGAGAAACGUUGGGUUUGUCCUGUCAGUUUUAAUAUAUACCAAGAUGAAAGAUUUUUAUGGCACUCUAUUUUCUUAUAAAAAUGUAUUGGUUAACUCGUUUCCACUUGUAGCAAUGGUUGAAAAAGCUACUAUCACUGCCAUUCACGUGUUUCACUGUUCCGUUCCAGUUUUCGAGUUGGCUGCAACUAUUUCCUUGCUCGCAAUGCAUGCUUCUGGAAACAAAAAAGCUGUAGUUUUUUUCUUUAUCCUUUCUGGUGCAUCAGAUGUAAUGUAUAAUUCAUUCCCGUGCCUCUCGCUAUAAGACAUAGUGCCAAAAACGGAAUACCAGUCACCAAAUGGGAAGUGGAGACGCCAUAGGUGGCUGCUGCUGCUGAGAGGUUAUGGAUCUUCUCAGGGAGCACAAAGCACAUAUCUGGUCCAGGACUCGUCCAAAACAGCGGGGAUCUGGUCUCAAAGCAACUGUAGGCCCUCCCUGCCGUUAUUAACAUGUGUCCUUGAGAUUUGACGUUUGCCAUAUUGAGGGAGGAAGUGUGCUCCACUUUAGCUUUGGCUUGGCGGUUCCUUCCACUCCUGAAUCUGUCCGUCUAGCACAGGGCUCGCUUUGUAUUGUAGGGCGGAUCGGCGCUUUUGAUGUUGAGAGGUUGAAAGCUCCGAUCGUCCGGCCUAGCAUUGUUUUUGAUGAAAACGAGAUCUUUCGGGGUGUGAUUGCACAAGGGUUUAUUGGUUUUUCAACCAUGUUUGUUCUUAAAAGAGGCAGGGAAAUAACAUGCCCGAAGUAUGAUAUUUAUUGGCAAGUGUGUAAAUAUUAAUCUAUUAAAAAUCCAUCUGCUUGCGUUCGACAGACGUAUCGACUGACGUGAUGCUUCUUGUUCACUCGACCAUGUGUGGUUAAAC